UAGUACUUUAAUGCAUUGUCUUAAGAUGCAAAAUGAUAAAUAAAAACAUGCUUUCUCCGUGAACGGCUUAAUCCACAUUAACGCCACCCUUCACCUUGUUCAGAGGUAGCCAGAGUGGAAAUGGGCUCGGAAUGCAGGGAGCUGCCUUCGCCCACCCAUCCCAUACCACCGUUAGAAGACAUCGAUGCGCCCAGGCAAGCGAUGUCACUGCUGGUACCAGAUACCUCGUACUCCUCGUCAGAAGGAGAAGAUGACUUCUAUGACGCGGAUGAUGAGCCAGUCGACAUUCCUCAACCGGGUCCCAGCGCCAGCCGCAACUGCCCGGCCGAGGGCGCGCCCGAGCAGGACGCGGCGCAGCCCACGGUCGACCUGCCGCGCACCAGGGACGGAGAGAUCGACUAUGACGCGUUAUACGAAGAUGAAUCAGACAGCGACCUCGGCUCCAUGGAGAACCACGGCUCCGUGGUCACCCACCUCUUAUCACAAGUCAAGAUUGGAAUGGAUCUCACUAAGGUUGUGCUACCGACGUUCAUACUUGAGAGGCGAUCGCUUCUGGAGAUGUACGCGGACUCAUUCGCACACCCCGACCAGUUUGUUAAGAUAGUAGACCAGCCGACGCCGCGCGACCGAAUGAUCCAAGUGGUCCGGUGGUACCUGAGCUCGUACCACGCGGGCCGCAAGUCGCAGGUGGCCAAGAAGCCCUACAACCCCAUACUGGGGGAGGUGUUCCGCUGCCACUGGGAGCUGGACGGGGCCGACACACACUCCAACGCUGCGGAGAAGGAAGUAGGAGACGGCCCAGUCCCCUGGUGCACAGCAGACCAGCUCUCCUUCGUGGCGGAACAAGUCUCCCACCACCCGCCGAUUUCUGCCUUCUACGCGGAACACGUGAACAAACGCAUUCAAUUCGAGGCCUGGGUGUGGACUAAGAGCAAGUUCCUGGGACUGUCCAUAGGCGUGCACAAUAUUGGGAAGGGGACUGUUACAUUGCUGGACACUGGCGAGGAGUAUACACUCACAUUCCCCAAUGGAUACGGCAGAUCAAUACUGACCGUGCCAUGGAUCGAGUUAGGCGGCUCAGUCGUCAUCGAGUGCGUGCAAACCGGUCAUAAGGCCAACAUAGAGUUCUUGACGAAGCCUUUCUACGGCGGGAAGAAGCACCGCGUGACGUGUGAAGUCUUCGCUGGUCCGGAUAAGAAGCCCUAUUAUACUGCGCAGGGCGAGUGGAAUACCAGGAUGGACGGGAGAUGGACUGACUCGGGGCGAACAGAAGUCCUCUUCGAGGUAUCAAGCAUGAAACCACGCCGCAAGCGAGUGGCGCCCGUCAGCCGACAACAGCCGCACGAGUCGCGCCGCGUGUGGCGCCACGUGACCUGCGCCCUGCGCGCCGCCGACACCGCCGCCGCCACCGACGCCAAGCGCCGUGUGGAGCAGGCGCAGCGAGACGCCGCCAAGCAACGCGACGCUGCUCACGAUAAAUGGGCCACUCAGCUAUUCAGCCCCAAAGGCGAAGACGGCUGGGAGUACAACGCGCCACUGCGAAAGCGAAUCGACGAGCAGAAAACGCCACUACACACCGCCGCAAGCGCCGAAAGCACCAGAUAAUGCAAAGUGGGCUCUGAGACCACGCCGUAAGGUAGCAACUCCCGCGCAGGCCCCGUAGGCUAGCCGUUCGGCGUUAGACGCGUAGAUUCGGAUAGGAAUGGUAAGUCUUUGCCAUAAUUUGUAAGGACUAUCGCGUUGAUGCCGGUGACACUUGAUCGUGACUUCAAUGACCCUCUUACUGGUAUUUUUAUUGGUUUUGAACCUUACGUUUCAACAAUAAAGUUCAAAAUAUGGUUGCUAAUGUUUAGCCGUUAUCAGGUUUUCUAUAAAAAAAACUUAGGAGACAUGAACUUGAGAAUAAUUAUAAUUAUUUUUAUAUCACCGAAAACAGAUCAUUAUUACGUCACUCGGUCACUGCCUCCACUAACGUGCGUGGUUAUGUCCGUAACUGUAGUACGAUAAUGUACGUCAUUUACGUGCGUUUUUUUGGUAUUUGGGAUUUAUGAUCGCUUGAUCUGUUUAACCCAGCUCACAUAUUCAUUACUCGUACAUUGAAAGAUUUUAUAUCUUGUAUUUGCUACAGUAAAACGAUAAUAUUGUACCUGUUUUUACUUCAAAUUCUCUUGUAUUAAUAUCUUUAUUGCUACGAAUUUAUUCCAUGUUUGUAUGAAAUUUUCUUUGAUUAAUCGUAUACUUCAUACAGUCCUUACUUAACUGUGGUACCAGUCUCUUUUGAUAAUUAACAAAUUUUUAUGAGAUUGGUGCAUCAGAAUAACCACCAAAAUACAUAUACUUUUUUUAAAACUGUAAAAGUACAUUAUUACUUUGCGACUGUGUUUUAUUACUCGUUUUCGUUUGGAUGUAUUUUUAAAUACUGAUUGAAAUAUAAUCUUAUUUUCACUUUCAAGUGUCAACCGGCGGAAUGGAGCGCAACUUCUGUUUAUUUUAUAUCUUUUUACAACUUACUAUGGCCUAUGAUAGUCGAGCAAUAAAUAAAUACUUGUAAAUAUUAGAACCUCUUUGACAAUUCGUUACGCUUUGACUCGACCACGCUGAGCACAUAAUAUAGGAAUUGGUGUAUUGGGAAUAGGAACAUAGCUAUCUUAAAAUGGUAUAAUGAUUACUAAAAUUUGACACAAAAUACUAUAAAAAUUUCUCCCUAUUUCACGAGACUUGGGAAUGCUUUGUCUCGUUUCAUCACAAGGGAAGUAAUUAAGUGAAAAAUAGAGAUAGCAGUACCUUAGUUUUGUAUGAAUAAGAGGGUACAAAAGUCAGUCUACCUCAUGGUUCAUGUAACGGUCGCUACCAAAAGCGAUGAGUGACUGCUUUACUUCUUGAUCAUAGAAUCGCUAUCGAAAAUCAGGUAACCAAACUUUAUUACGUUUUAGUGGUUUCUUUACCGAUAUAUGCCCCACCU